GGCGAGGUCCGUGAUGUCCCACGUUUCAGCCUUUUCUACAUUUCUUUUGGGCUUGAACUGAUUUCAUUAGUUCUUUCUACUGUGGCUGAUAUUCCCCCAGAAGCUAAAGACUUUAUAAAAAAGAAUCCUGAAGCAGGUGCAGCAUUUUUGAGCAGAAUCACAUUCAACUGGUUAAACAGUAUGGUCUUAAAAGGCUACAAACAACCUCUGGUUCAGGAGGACAUGUGGGAUCUGAAUGAGAGUGAUAGCACUGCUUUCAUCAAUGAGCGUUUCCAGCAUUUCAUGAAGCCUGAGUUGGAUGCAGCUAGGGUCCGCUUCCAGAACAAGAUGAAAAACAAAUCAGCUAAAACCAGAGACAGUGCCCAGGAAGACCCACAGCAAAAUGGGCUUUCCAGUGGUCUGGGGAAAGGAGUCAGUCAGGAUGUACUAAUGAUGGAGGAAAGGGGGAAGAAGGAAGAUGAAAAGAAGAAAAAGAAAAAGGACAAAAAGAAGGAGGAAGAGAACUAUCCCAAUUCAUGGCUCAUUGCCACCCUUUACAAGACCUUUAAAUGGAUUCUGAUCGAAUCUGCCUUCUUCAAACUUCUGCAAGAUGUGCUAACCUUUGUCAGUCCUCAGCUCCUUAAAUUGAUGAUCUCGUUCACUCAGGACAAAUCCAGAUAUGCCUGGGAGGGCUAUUUGUAUGCAGUGUUGCUGAUGGUGGUGGCUCUGCUGCAGUCUCUGACCCUGCAACAGUAUUUCCAGCGCUGCUUUGUGUUGGGCAUGAGGGUUCGCACUGCACUUAUGGCUGCUGUGUACAAAAAGGCAUUAGUGGUGUCCAAUGACACUCGUAAGGAGUCAACAGUAGGGGAAACGGUGAACCUGAUGUCAGCAGAUGCCCAGCGCUUCAAUGAUGUGACCAACUUUAUCCACCUGCUGUGGUCCUGCCCUCUGCAGAUCAUCAUAUCCAUUGUUUUCCUGUGGCUGGAGUUAGGGCCUUCUGUGUUGGCAGGACUGGGAGUCAUGGUGUUAAUGGUUCCAAUCAAUGGAUUUCUGGCAACCAAGGCCAGAAAACUCCAGGUAGAGAACAUGAAGUUUAAAGAUGAGAGAAUGAAAAUCAUGAAUGAACUUCUAAACGGGGUCAAGAUUCUGAAGCUGUAUGCUUGGGAGCCAUCCUUCCAGAAGCAGGUGGAAGACAUUAGAGGGGAAGAACUAAAAGUCAUGAAGAAGUUUGCCUACCUGACAGCCGUGUCUACCUUUAUCUUCACCUCUGCUCCAGCUCUGGUUUCUCUGGCCACGUUUGCAGUAUUUGUUAGUGUGAGCAAGGAUAAUGUGUUAACUGCUGAGAAAGCUUUUACUUCCAUCUCUCUCUUCAACAUCCUCCGAUUUCCUCUUGCCAUGCUGCCCAUGCUCAUUGCUUCCAUUGUGCAAACAGCAGUGUCUAAGAAGCGCCUGGAGAAGUUUCUGGCAGGGGAAGACAUCGACAGUGACAUUGUGCGCCAAGACCCCAGUUUCAAUACUGCUGUGAGCGUAUGUGAUGGUUCCUUUGCUUGGGAAAAAGAUGCAAAGCCUCUGCUGAAAGAUGUGAAUUUGGACAUUGAGCCUGGUCGGUUGGUUGCCGUAGUGGGAGCUGUUGGGUCAGGAAAGUCGUCUCUUAUGUCAGCCCUCCUUGGAGAGAUGCACAGUACCAAAGGUUUUAUCAACAUUAGGGGUUCUCUUGCUUUUGUGCCACAGCAAGCCUGGAUUCAAAAUGCCACUUUGAAGGAUAAUAUCUUGUUUGGAUCUCCACAUGAGGAAGAGAGGUUCAAAAAAGUUAUACAGGCCUGUGCUCUUGCCCCAGACCUUGAGCUGCUGCCUGGAGGAGACCUCACUGAGAUUGGAGAGAAGGGUAUCAACCUCUCAGGGGGUCAGAAGCAACGUGUGAGUUUAGCCAGAGCGACCUACAGUCAGGCUGAUAUCUAUCUAUUAGAUGACCCUUUGUCUGCCGUGGACUCUCACGUAGGAAAGCAUCUCUUUGAAAAGGUUAUUGGACCCAAUGGAAUACUUAAAAACAAGGUUUGUGAGGGCCAGGACGCAGAAGACUUUGAGCUCAUCCCAGGUGGAGACGAUGCCCAACCUGACGGUGCUUUGGAGGACACUGUAUCACUUACACUUAAGCGAGAAAACAGCAUCCGCCGCAGCCAGCGCAAUGGCAGUGUCAGAUUAAGAAGAAAUACUUCUGUAAAAAAAUCUGCAAAUGCUGAUGAACCAAAGAAAGGCCAGAAGCUUAUAGAGAAGGAAACUAUGGAAACAGGACAGGUGAAGCUUGCAGUGUUCCUGCAGUACCUGCGAGCCAUGGGCUGGGGAUAUUCUGCCAUGGUUUUCGUGAUUUACUUCAUCCAAAACGCUGCUUUCAUCGGUCAGAAUUUGUGGCUGAGUGACUGGACCAGUGAUUCUGUGGAGUACUACAACAUGACAUACCCUUCCUGGAAGAGGGACACAAGGGUGGGAGUGUUCGGAGCUCUUGGAGUGGCUCAGGGUAACUGAACACUGAAUCCUUUUCUAUUUGCAAAUAUUUUCAUGUAAAUUAAGUUCAAGGAACUGUAU